GUACUUUACAAGAUAUUUCUAAUUUCCUCUUUUUUCUAUUUUACCGUGCACAUCGAUCAUUUUGUUGAGAGCAAACAAAAAAAAAAAAAAACAUUGAAAAUGAUGUGUGUAGAAUGUGGGACGAGAGAUAACCCUUGCAGGUGCAAAGUAGUGGGUCCUACACUUGGGUUUGUGGCGUUUAUAGUGACGGCGGUUGUGGAGUGGCCAGUAGGGAUGGUGGUGUACUUAUUCAAUCACUCAAAAGGUCGUAAGAUUAUGGCUCAUCCUCUUACUGUCGUUUAUCCUAAAGUUUCCGAUGCUAUUCCUAUUUGAAUUUGAUGACUCAAGUUGAAGUUUCACCACCAAGGUAUAAUCAACUCUGUAAAUUUUUUGGUUUUAAUUUGCUCACAAGGUUAAAUUAUAUGCCAAAAAUAAUGGUUUUGGUUGUAUACUUCAUACUUGUAUCAUGUAAUAAUUGAGUUGGAUAAGUAUAACUGACUGUAUGUGCAUAUAAACAUAACCAAAAAAAAAAAGUACUCAUGGUUCUGGUGAUUUUGUAAAUGUACUUGUUUGCUUUUAUAAUUUAAA